AUGGAGUUCGUUGUCGUGGCUGGAACGUACGAGCACAUCCUCUACGGAUUCUACUGCCUCGAGAAUGACAAAGCUGACACCAAGCAAAAGAUGGAGCUCCGUCUUGACCCCAUGUUCAUCUACUCGUCGCACCUGAACGGCAUAACGUGCCUCGCCAACCACAAGAACCUUCUGGCCUCUGGCAGCGCUGACGAAACUGUCAAGAUCUAUGAUUUGAAAAAGCGAGUGGAGGUGGGCACCCUCAUCCAGCACAACGGUGCCGUGAACGCCACCGAAUUCUACGGCGUCCACAUGCUGAGCGGAGGUCAGGAUGGCACCAUCUGCAUUUGGGAUGCCAAGCGCUGGGAGUGCCUUGUCACGCUCAAGGCCCACAAAGGCGGUGUGAUUGAUUUCUCGGUUCAUCCGUCCGGCAAGGUCGCGCUGUCGAUCGGCAAGGACAAGUCGAUGAAGAUGUGGGAUCUCGUACUGGGCAAGUCUGCGUUCAAGAGUCGUCUCGUCCGAGCUCCUCAGAUGGUGCGUUGGUCGCCGGGCGGAGAUGUCUACUGCCUGGUCGAUGAGACCAAGUUCACCAUCUACACUGCGGAUGACAACACCGUUACGCACACAAUCGAGACCCCGAGGAAGAUCGUCUCGCUGGCUUUCAUCACGCCUAAGUUGGUGGCGCUCGGUUGCGAGGAGGGCUUCCUCCAGGUUUGGGACAUCGUGACGGGCGAAAUGACGCACAACCUCAUCGGCCACAAGGUCCGAGUGCGAGGUCUCUCUGUCACCCACCUUCCCCUGGUGGAGGACGCCGUUGAGGGAAAGCAGGCCACAAAGCUGCGCCACUUCCUCGUGUCCGGUUCCUCCGAGGGUGUCGUCAAGGUGUGGGAGGUGCCCUUGCCAGAGGAGGGCCAGUUGCAGCCGAUCGUGCUCAAGCAGCCCAAGGCCGAGGUGAACGUCGACGCGCGUAUCACUUCAGUCGCUUCCGCGCUCGUCUUUGAAGAGAUCGUCGAGGAAACCGAGCAGUGCGCCCAUUACCUUCGCUCGCCUCUUGCUGUGCACCUAACCAAGCAAAUGGCCGGUGAGAAGAAGCCCAAGGCGAAGAAGGCCAAGCAGACGACCCGCGUCGUGGUGGAAGACGAAUCUCAAGAGGGCCAGAAGAAGCGAAAGCGAGGAGCCAGCCCGGGUCCGGCCAAGAAGGGCAAGCCAGGAAACAGCCCGGCCAAGAAGGGCAAGCCGCAGGGCAAGAGGCCACGCAACGAGCAAGCCGAAAAUGAGGAUGGCGCGGGUCAAGGGAAGACGUCGAGGUUCAGCAAGCGCAUGGAAAAGGAGGAGAAGAUGAUCACUGCAGCGGUGUUUGGCAGCCCUGACGUCAAGCCCAAGAAGAACAAGCCAUCGGACCAGGGCAAGCUGCCGCAGAAGGGAGGCCACGACAACCAGCACAACCAGCAGCUCAACAGCAGAGCCAGGAAGGCGCCCAAGGAAGGAAGCUUUUCUCCCAGAGGCGGUCGAGGUGGUGGCCGAGGCGGUGGUCGAGGCGGCAGCGCCAGGGGCGGAGGCAGGGGCGGCCGAGGUGGUGGCCGAGGCGGCAAUGCCAGGGGCGGAGGCAGAGGCGGCCGAGGUGGCAGGCGGGGCGAUGAUGACUUCUAA